AUGUCAAAAUCAGUCAUAUUCAAUAUCGGGAAGCCUGGAAUCGGCUACAUGGCGUCCCUUCUGCAGUGCGAUGAGGCCUUCGGUCCUCGGGUCAAUCCGUCCUGCCGUGCGUUCGACUUCACGCUUUUUUUUGAAGACGUCUUGUUGACAAUUUUUCCGAGCGUUAUUUUCAUAUUGAUGCUUCCAGUCCUCGCUUAUACUUUGCUUCGAAGCCCGAGCAUGGUUAGGAGAUCGUGGUUGUUAGCCCUGAAAACAGCAGUAUUUUUAUGUCUAAUAGCAUGCCACACGGCAUUUCUCAUUCUUCGCCGAUUGAAUCCAGGCAUAGAAACUCGGGCGUCAUUAGCCGCCGACAUUCUCAAUCUUGUUGGGGCCAUAGGGAUAGGUUUGGUAUCAUGGUUUCAUCACCGCGGCUCCGUAAAGCCAUCGACGCUGCUCGCUAUUUUCCUCGGGGUAUCUGUUAUUCUCGAUAUAGUUCGAGUCCGUACUCUUUGGUUAUUACGAGAUGUUUCUCACGCUGCUGUUGUCUUGACUCUCGCUUUGGCUUUGAAGUUAUGCGGUUUGCUACUAGAGUCACUGAGCAAACGAAAGAAUUUAUAUUUGUCCGAAAACAACGGAUACGCCACUUCUGGCCCAGAACCAUUUAUUGGUUUUUGGAUCCGCGUCGGAUUCGGCUGGCUCCUCCCUACGAUGCGGCAAGGAUAUCAUCAAAUUCUGUCCGUUGAUGAUCUCCCUGCUCUAGACUAUCGUAUGAAAAGUGAUCUCCUAAGUUGUGCGCUUCAGGAUGCCAUAGCUAAGUAUGGCUUGAAAAUGAGUCUGACGUUGAUGGGGACUGACGUGGAGCGCAUCAUGGUUGGCUUCAGGUCAAUUCACGAGCUGUGGGCAUCAUUAGUGGAUAUAGGCAUUGCGACCUAUCUGUUACAAAGGCAGGUUUAUGUAGCCUGCCUUGUUCCUAGUGCUUUAGUAUUUGCCUUCGUGUUGGUAACAUUUCAAAUUGCGGCAUGGUCCAACAAAUACCAAAAGUUAUGGAUUGAGAAGGUAGAAGAAAGACUGUCUGUUACAUCCAGUAUCCUUGGUGACAUGAGAGCAAUCAAGAUGCUUGGACUUAGCGACAAGCUGUUCAACAUCAUCGACAGAUUGCGCCAGGCUGAGAUUACCGAGUCAGUCAAAUUUCGGAGAAUGCUUAUUAGCCAAAUCUUCUUUGCCAAUUCACCAUCUGUUCUGGCACCGGUGGUGACAUUCGGCGUUUUUGUAGCUAUCGCUGCAGCACGGCAUGAUCGUUCUAUUUUAACCGCCCAGGCAUUCACUUCCUUGUCAUUGAUAUCUCUUCAAACUACACCCGCAUUGGCCUUGAUCCAGAACAUUCCAUCAGUAGUACAGUGCCUCAGCUGUUUUGGUCGAAUCCAAGAAUACUGCGUACGAUCUGAGGGUCAAGGCUUUUUCGAUAUAGAGCCAAAGUCUAAAGAGCCCCCCUCAAAACACAGGCAUGAAAAAGCUACCGAGAUGGCCGUAUUACGAAAUACAAAAAGGGACGUGAAUAAUUCACAACCAUCCCACAUAGUUUCAUUUUCCCGGGAAAGUUUCGGAUGGAGCAAGUCAGGGCCUACGGUCUUGAACCAUAUUGACAUAUCAAUCAUGGACAGCCGCAUCACGAUAAUCCUCGGACCUGUUGGAAGUGGAAAGUCGACAUUACUAGAAAGUAUUCUGGGGGAGACGGUAGCUCUUGACGGAAAGGGCAGAACAGACAGAAAUUUCUCAACUGCAGCUUAUUGCUCCCAGGUCCCAUGGCUAAUGAACGGCACCAUACGUGAUAACAUCAUUGGGCAGCCAGGGAAAUAUUCAGUCGAUGAAGAAUGGUAUUCUACGGUUCUGUGGGCCUGUGGCCUUGAAACUGAUCUCCGUGGGUUCAAAGAAGGAGAUAAUGUAGUUGUCGGGAGCAAAGGCAGUUCUCUGAGCGGCGGACAGAAACAACGCGUUGCUCUGGCCCGAGCUAUUUAUUCUCGCUGCCAGCUCAUCUUGCUAGAUGAUAUCUUCAGUGGCGUGGAUUCAUACAAUGUGUCUCUGAUCUCCAACCGCUUACUUGGUAAAAAUGGGUUGUUACGAAAAAACCAAGCUACUGUUGUUUUUGUUACACACACUCCUUCAAUUAUUGCAUUAGCCGACGAUAUCAUUGUGCUAGAAAACGGCCGUGUGCUAGAAUUUGGGACCCUAGAAGAAUUGCAGCAGGGCAAUGGAUACGUGGCAGCUCUUGGAAAGUUGUCUGGGGUUUUUGAAGAGACCCCUCUUCUUGAGAGCACCUCAAAUUUGACCAAUAAUCAUGGAAAGCCAGCGACGGAUGACCCUUCUCCGUCUGGUGAGAAGGCAGCUGAUUUGAAUCGUCGCAAUGGGAGUUUUUCGGUAUACCGCUAUUUUUCAAAGGCUUCCGGCCAUAUGGCUAUAACAGGUGUUUUUGCCUUUUUGAUUCUAUGCGUUUUCUGUGCUGAAUUUUCCAUUGUCUGGGUUGAUUGGUGGUCCUCGGCGAACACAGAAAGUUCAAGUAUCCGAGUAGAUGGCAUGUAUUUAGGAGUCUAUGCCACUUUAGGAGUUGCGUCAACCCUGUGUAUGACUAUAGCUUGCUGGUUUCUAUUCAUCACUGCGAUAUCCAACUCGGCAAAAAAUUUUCACACUGAUCUCUUGAGGACUACACUUGGUGCCACAUUACAAUUCUGUCUGGAAACGGAUGUAGGCUCUGUAAUAAAUCGUUUCAGUCAGGAUAUGGAAUUAGUUGGAAUGGAUCUUUGCUCAGUCGCUAUAAACUACAGCUACGCUCUCUGUGGAAUUAUUGGUAAAGGCGUACUCCUUGCUGUGUUUGGUAAAUACCUUACCGUUGCUCUGCCACUUGUCGCUGCCACUGUCUACAUUAUCCAAAGGUUCUACCUUUGUACCUCGCGGCAGGUACGAUUAUUAGAUAUCGAGGCAAAAGCACCCGUAUAUCAACUGUUUCUCGAGACUUCUGAUGGAGGCAACACAGUCCGAGCUUUUGGCUGGCAACGGUCUUUUCAACAGAUACUCGAAUCCCGCCUUGACACUUCGCAACGUCCGAUAUACUCUCUCUACUGUAUACAACAGUUACUUGCCUUUGUUCUCGACCUACUUGUGACGAUUAUUGCUGUGAUACUUGUUGCCAUUGUUGUAACUUGGAAAAACAUCUUCGAUGCCGGUGCGGUCGGUGUGGCUCUUGUCACGGUCAUGAGCUUUAAUACCACCUUGAUGUCCCUUGUGAAAAACUGGACAAUGCUUGAAACUUCUAUUGGAGCGGUCGCCCGUGUCAAGGACUUCGUGGAAGGGACUCCGUUGGAAGACUAUGCCAAGAAUUUUCACACGGAUAUUUCACCUAACUGGCCGGCUUCUGGGAUGGUGGAAUUCAACAAUGUGGUUGCCGCAUAUAAAUCGGAAGCCAAUCCGAUACUAAAGGGCAUCUCGCUCUCUAUCAAACCAGGACAGAAGAUAGCGAUUUGUGGCCACUCCGGUAGUGGCAAGACCUCGCUAGUACUCACCCUGCUAGCCAUGAUUAAGUAUACUGGUUCUAUUAAAAUAGACUCAGUGGACAUCUCGUCCCUUACUCCCGCAGAUUUACGAUCACGUAUCAAUGUGGUCCCGCAAGACCCAUUUCUUAUACCUGGGACGGUUCGGUUCAACAUAGAUCCAUAUGAAAAUGUCUCUGAUGAUACGAUUGUUAGAACCCUCCAAAGACUAAGCCUCUGGGAUAAAGUGGAAAGUAUUGGAGGGCUAGAUGCGAAAAUACCUCUCACAUCGUGGUCGGUGGGUGAAAAGCAACUUCUUUGCCUUGAAAGGGCGAUGGUUCGCAAGAGUAGCAUUUUGAUACUGGAUGAAGCAACCAGCAGUGUGGACUCCGGCACUGAACGCAUAAUGCAAGACGUUAUUGACAAGGACUUUGCCGCACAGACUGUCCUGGCAGUUGUCCAUCGUCUUAGAUACAUCAGACAUUUUGACAAGGUGGCAUUUCUACAGGGCGGAGAGCUUGUCGAGUACGACACUCCGGAUGCCCUACUAGAAAGGGAUUCCGCGUUCGCAAGCCUGUAUAACGCCGUAUCACAUUAA